AUGGGUGAGGAAAAGGAAGAUGUAACUCCAAUGCUUCUUCAGUGCAUCGAUACUGGUCGCGUCGAUGUGUUAUGCUCGAUUUUGGCACAAAUGAAAAACAAACCGAACUUCCAUGAACAAGUUGAUGCCCUAUGCUGUUCAGAAGGAACUCUUCUUCAUAAAGCAGUUGAAAUUGAUUCGUCUGAUAUUGUGUCGGCUCUUCUAGCGAAUGGAGUUAACGCGUGUGUACAAAAUAAUGAAACAAAAACUGCUUAUCAGUGCUGUAAAUCGGAUUCUGUUCGAAGUGCGUUCAUCAGAGAAACUCUUCAAUCCAUAACUACGUCGAACGUGAGUCGAGUAUGCCAACUUUUAUGGGCUGGAGUUCCCGUUGAUUCGUUGGAUACUCCUCAAUCGGCCAACUCACUCUUGAAUUGGGCCUCCGAUUUUUCAACGCCUGAAGUUAUUCAAGCAUUGAUUACGAACGGGGCGACGAUUGAUUUGCCAAACGCCAAAGGAGAAACUCCAUUACAUACGGCUGUAAAACGAGGACAUAUAGAAAUUACCAAAGCUUUACUUGCAGCCGGAGCAGAUCCUUACCAAAAAACUAAAAAGAAUCAAGAUGCAUUUGCCAUAGCUGAAACGCACAGUCCUCAAAUUUUACCAAUUUUGAGCAUGGAUAGGGUAGCACGAGAUGUUCGUCGAGAGCAUUCUAUGGACGAUGUUGACGAUCGGGCUUCUCUACUUUCCUGCACAGAAACUCUCAACACUCAAAUUUUUAACGACUCAAGUCGAUAUGAAAAAUAUAUGGAAGGCGGGAUUGAUAGUUGGACAGAUUUGCUUUGGCCGCAACCAAAACUCAUCUCAAUCAAGGAAAACUCUGUCAAAAGUUUCGAGUUUCCGAAGGAUGGAAAGCUAAAAAUUUACUUUGAUGAUUGCUCAAAUGCUGAUCCGAGACAAGUGAUGCAAAUUAUCGAAUUGAGCAAACCCCUGUUGGUAUCUGCGGGAGUCGAUAUUGAAUAUCGUGGGCACAGAACAGCAGAUCAUGAUUCCUCACCUCUAGAUGGAAAAGUAACUUGUGGAAUAUUUGAUGAUGGUCGGCCAUCUGGAGCUUACACACUUUCAAUCGACGCUAUUCGCGGAGUCGAAGUAACUGCUACUGAUUAUGCCGGAAUUCGUUAUGCAUUUGCCACUUUUGUCCAAAUCAUCAGACUGCACAAAUAUGCCCAAAGUAAAACAAAACCCAAUACAAAUGAUAUUCUAAAUGGAUAUAUUCCAAAUGGAAGCACUCCAGUUGGACAGAAUGGAAGCGGAGAUCAUUCAACUAAUGAUGUUCCUAAACAAUUACCUGAUAUCAAUACGGAUGGAACGAUAUGCGAACUAACAAUCCGUGAUCAUCCUGAUCGUUCAUUCCGCGCUGUUUAUCAAGACUUUUCUGGCUGCCGAAUCCUUUCACCUGAUACAAUUCUUCAAUUGGCUACUCGUUUGUCCGCAUGCAAGGCGAACUAUUUGUUCGUUAAUUUCGAAGUUCGCACAACUGAUAGAUAUCAACUUCCGUAUACAAAUCGCGAUCUUUUCCAUAUGAUGCAAGUUUGCCAAGAACUAUAUGUCACAUUUGUGCCUUCUCUGGAUACACAAUCAAAUUAUCUGGAAUCAGAGCACGCUCGUGGAAUAAUUGAUAACUUCUUGGAUGAUUUCCCGUUGUGCAAGGUUGUACACCUUGGUCCAAAUUUGGCCAGCCUCCUUAUUGCUGAUAGAAAAUUGCUCCGGUCAGUUCAACGUCGUGUUCCAAGAAUCUUCCUUUCUACGAAUGCUGACGAAAAAAGUGGACCACUAUUGUCCUCCCUUCCUCCAUAUGUCACGCUUUGCGUUGAAGGAUGUUGGCCGUUUGAUGUUGAGAAAUAUGUUUCACCGAGAGUCUCAAUAGUCAUUAAAUUUUCAACUGGAGAUGAUGGAUAUUUGUGCGCCGCACCAGAAUCGGUGGCAAAGAAAGCGCUACUUGCUGCUAAAUUGAGCGAGAGAACAACUGUUUUAGGCUCCAUGGUAUGCGAUUUAUCGACUGGAUGUGAAGCAAUGCCUCCUUCGCUUUCUUAUAUGUCCCUUCUCGCAUCUGUUGGAGUUGCAUUCAACAGUUCUACAGAUAUGAAGAAGUAUGCGUUCCUACUUCCGACAAUUGCUGCUCAUCAUAUGCUUUUGGACGGAGAUAUGUCCUGCUUGUUUGAACAAGUGCUGACCCUUGGAAAAGUAGAGCACCAACUUACAAAGUACGCUUAUGGAUAUUGGAAACCGAAUAGGAGUAGUUCCCCGAAUGGAGAGAUUAAUUCCUCUUUGCUGGACCCGCUAAUGGGAAUGUCGGCGAACAAAAAAAUGCCGAUCUCGGUGUUUGUUGAAAUGAUACUGAACCCAGAAAACAUGAAUCUUGAAAGAUUAACACCGGUUGUAUUCAAAAAGGCCCGAAUUGAACUCAAACGUGCCACUGCUGCUUUGGAUACAGCUCGACGAAUGUUGCCAUAUAAUUUUGAAUUGGCACUCAUUUUGGCCGAAAUAAAACUAGUUACGGAGCUCAUGGUUCUCACCAGUCGACUUGGUCAAUCAAUGUGUGUAUAUGGAACACAGCAAAUCGACCGCAAAAAAAGUUUUGAUGAGGGAUUGCCAUAUUCGCCAGGACGCGUUGGUGUUAUUAAUCUGCCGCAAACUGCCAGAACUGAUUUGGCGAACUCACUUCUCGAAAUCCGUACCCAAUUCCAACACGUUUGGCUUUCAAGAUCAAUUGCGAGCACACUGCCGAAUGCUCUUAAAAUGUUCGAUAAUUUGUUCAAAGCCUUAUUACCACCGGACCUUCAGGAAAUGGGUAAACAAUUACUCUGA